GGUAUCGGAUCUAAGUAUCUUGUUUAUGGUGGGGGUAAAAAAAAAAGAAAAAGAAAAAAGAAAACAAAAAGAAAAAGCAAAUUCACUGGAAUAAACCAAUCCUGUGAAAAUAGCAUGAUGCGUCUGUCGGACUCUCACAUGCGUCUUUACGCACGGCACCGAACGCCCACUGGCGAUGUGUUAAGGCGGAUUGGCUGCUAAAGAUACCAGCGCCUGUGCGCUCUCUGCGAUUGGCUGCGGCUCUCUUGGCCAUUACGUUAUGCUUACUCCACACACACUGGCAGCUGGAGAGAGGGAAGACGUAAUGGUUUGAUUCCCUGUGCACUUGCAAUGGUCGUCGUCCUGACAUUACUCGGCAAAUUCCUCAAACGGGAGGUGCAAUGAAGGCGUCUCCACAGGCGGGGGCAUCGUCCAUGUGGGCGUCAUGCUGCGGGCUGCUGAACGAGGUGAUGGGCACUGGCACGGUGCGGGCGCAGCAGCCGGGGUUUGGAGCAGGGGCGGGGCCUUUCCGCUUCGCCCCCAGCGCCGGGUACUCCACGUACCCCCCAACCAGCUCAGGGAGCGCCGGGCAGCUGUGCAAGGCCUGCGGACUGGCCUUCUCCGUCUUCAGGCGCAAGGCAAGCAAAAAGGAAAACAGACCUGGAGCUUUCUUAAGCAUGAGGAGACUUUUCUCACAAAUUCCCGCUGACUCAGGUUCCCCACACUUGUCUGAGAGCCUAUUUAGUCCCCAGAGAAAACCUCUUGCCCGGCUGACUGCCUGCACGACCUGCCACCUCCUGCGCGGCACGGCCUUCCAGCGGCCGCGGCUCAUGCAGCUCCGGGUGAAAGACCUGCGGCAGUACCUGCUGCUGCGCAACAUCCCCACCGACACAUGCAGGGAGAAGGAGGACCUGGUGGACCUGGUGCUCUGUCAUCAGGGGACGAGGGAGACCCAGAGGACAGUGGUGGUGGAAGAGGACGAGGAGGAGGAAGAGGAGGAAGAGGAGGAGGAGGAGGAAGACGACACGCAUGAAGAGGAGGCAGGGGAGGAGGAGGAGGAGGAGGAAGAGGAGGACGAUGACACAGACAGUCUGCACUCGCUGCCCCACUCACGUGCCGCCUCGCCCCACCCCGCCACGCGCUCCACCUCUGAACAGUCGGUUCUGUCUGCCUCUCAGGGAGACGUGCUCAGCCCAAGUGACAGCUCAGGGACCACCAGCCAGGAGCAUGAGGAAACUCCGACAGCAUCCCUCUUGAACCUGGAGCCCACUGAAAAUAUCCUAGAGGUCAGCCCGGCGACACAGAGGAGGAUCAGAGCCUCGCUGUCUGACCUGGACAAUGAAGAGGCAAUAGAAAACCUCUCCGUCCGCCAGCUGAAAGAGAUUCUGGCCAGGAACUUUGUCAAUUACUCUGGCUGCUGCGAGAAGUGGGAGCUGCUGGAGCGGGUGCAUCGGCUCUACAGAGAGAACGCGCAGAACAGGAAAUCCAUGGAAAAUGUGAGCAUAACGGCAGUGGUUGCAUAUCCUCCACCUCUCUGCAACAGUGGAGUUGGAGAUGGUGUCAAAGCUCAGCUGGCGGCCGACGAAAACCUGUGCCGCAUCUGCAUGGACGCCAUCAUCGACUGCGUGCUGCUGGAGUGCGGCCACAUGGUGACCUGCACCAAGUGCGGGAAGAGGAUGAGCGAGUGCCCCAUCUGCCGGCAGUACGUGGUGCGGGCCGUGCAUGUCUUCAAGUCUUAAAACUCUCGUGUGUGUGUCUGCGUAGGGGCGGACCCUCGGUUGGGGGGGGGCGGGGGCCCCGAGCCCCGAAUUUAUCACUGAGGACGAAACGGCCGUGCAUGACGUCUAAUGGGGGCCUAACGCUGCAGCGGGCGUGACUGUUGAAAGCCAGACUGUUGCCUGUGUGGUCUACCACGGUGGUAACCCCCCGACCCCAAGCCCUUCCUGUCCCACUCACUAACUCGUGUUCCAGCCCCACGUCUCCUCCUCCUCCUCCUUGGUGGACCUUCAUCAGCUGUGCCGGGACACUCACUCUUUCUCUCUUUGGUCUGUUAAACACGAAGCAGAAAGCCCUGCCAUCACUUUCUACUACUACUACUUCUACUACUACUCUCCAUUCUCUGUUUAGAUUCAACCCCUAAGAGAGGAGAGGUCCUGUGGAUACUUGAAGCGGAUGCGAGUGUGAAAGAGAAGCAGUCUGACGAAAUACACGAGAUCCCAGGGUCAGAGUCAAUAUGGUUUACACAGUCAUGCCACAUGACGCCGUGUUUCCUCCCUCAGUGUUCUUUAGGACGUGCAAUAUCAGAUUAAAAAAAAAGGAAGAAGAAGGAGAUUUUAGAAAAUGUCUGUCGUUUUAUCCGAACGCCACGAGUCGUCUCGUCUCACACACACACACACACAGGAGCGUCGCGGGUGCCAAAAAUCAUGCCUUCAAGUCCGGAUUUGGUUUCACAGCGUAUGCAUCUCAUGACCAGCAAGCUUGGUGUGACUUUUGUUUUUCCUCAGAUUAACUUUAGGAAACGAAGCGUGUACGUGCGUGUACGUGCGUGUAAAGCAUUCAGCACUCCGGUGCAGGAUGGGAUCGUUUCUCCACUUCCUAAAGUCUUUGCUCUUUUCUGCUUGGUCACGUUUGUGUGCGGAUUUCCAUCCCUAUUACUUAUACAAAACAUAUUAUUACAAAAUAUAUAUAUAAGUAAAUAAACUGAAGGACCACUUACAAGCUUUUUUCUGGAGCUUUCAGCUGCAGUUGAGUAUGCAGAUGGUUCCUUCACAUGACAUCAUGUUGUCCAGAGCUGUUAGGUCUCUAUAUAUUUGGAUGGUUGCUGUCACUAUUUUUCAUUAUUUUUACUAUUCAUCAAAACUAAUUCAAGUUCAAGUUAUGGUUGACGUUCUUAAAGUGCAGGCUGAGAGAAAAGGUGAUGGACUUUGAACCAUUUUAUACAACGAUCACUCAAAAGUGAACUUAAAUAAAAUGUUGAUUUCCAAUAAACUGUCAGGAAUCCAGGCAAUCGCUACCUGAAGUCAAGAAUUCACACACGUCACCAAAGAAUGUUUUUACAGGCCUUCACUGCGCCUUCACCUUCAAAUGCUCCUGGGUUGUUUUGGGUCGUCGUCCGUCCAGUCAUGUCGGCUUCAUUUUGGCUCGAUUUGAGGAGACACUGCGUCUGUGUAUCCUUCCACAGCCACGUCAAAAGAAAAGGCAGUCUGCAAAGGCCCUUUUAUUUGUUGCCAAGCUAAAAAAAAAAAAAUCUAUGCCAACCGGUAGAUUUGGCCUCUGCUAAUGUUGCUGCUGUGUAGCCUGGGGACGGCCACACUUCAGAUCUUUUACACCAUUUAUUUAAAAGAAAUAACAGAGGAACCUUGCGUAUCUGGAAAUGAAACAUCUGAACAGUAAUUUCAGUCGCUUCUGAGCCCCUGAGAAUAGAGACCCGUGUAUAAAAUGGUCGUAAUUUCCACCCGAUCUGUGCGAAGCCGAGAGUCUGCAUUCAUUAUAUACUAUAACCUGAAUGUGUUUUGAUUGUUUUGAUGGUUAAAAGAGGCUCACGUGACAAGUUUUCUGCUGCAAGCUUCAGCAAAGACAGCUGAUAAGUGGACCUUCAGUUUGGAUUUUUAAUACUAAAAAAAAAAAUAUAAAACUCCUCACAACUUAAUUUCAAAUACCAAGCAAUACAGUUUAAUUUCCACGUCUACCAAGUGUUUGUUGUGUCCGUCAAUCUCAAAUCUUAGGUAGGUAACAGGUGCUACUUCCUCUCUUUGUUUAUUUAUUGUUUUGGACACUAACAUAUUAUCUGUGACGUCGUUGUCGAGGCAUCGUUCCAAAUGUCCAUCACACGGCGAGAGGCGGAGGACGCCUCAUUUACUUUAACCUGUUAUGCAAAUGAAACACUUUCUUCUUUGAGACCCAGUUGACUCAGAUGUCACUAGAAAUAUGUGUGUGUACAGUAUGCCUGUGGUAUGUUUUCCAAAAAAAAAAAAAAAUGCUGUUUAAGUGAAUCGCAUAGAAAGCUUAUAUUGUUGUUUACUGAUAAGUUAUUAAAUGUAUAUUUUUCCAUUUGCUCGGGGGAUGACGUGAUUUAAAACUCUAAUAAAAAAAAUAUUAAUAAUAAUAAUAUAUAUACAGUUCUUGAGAAUGUACUUCAGCUGGUUUCGGUCAGAUGAGUUCGAUCAUGUCACUCUCUCGCCAUUAAAGUUGCGUUAUAGUCUCGCUUUGUAGCACCUUUUGUCGUCUGCUUCAGAUCCAAAAAAAACUGACACUCGCACCACGCACUGUAACAGACACUGUAACAGACACUGUAAUAGACACUGUAACCCUGUAAGUCCGUUUGUUGAUGCUGCUGCUGCUGCUGCUUCUCAGAGAUGUCAUUCACGGGGCAGCUACAGUAUUAUCAGAGUUGGGGGUGGGGAGGGUAUCAUGAGCACCCAUAAUCCUGGAUCUUUAUACUUUAUACUUUGAAUGUUGAACCUUUUUAUUUUGGUAAACAAGAGAAAAUGAUUUAUUAGAUUCAAUAAAAUGCAGUACUACGAACCAAACGGUAAAA